CGACGGUGAAGUCAGAAUUUCAGCGAAAACAAACAUCCAUAAAAAUCGAUAAUCUCCCGCUGAUUUGGUGUUCAGAAGAUGAGGAUUUGUUUUCCUUUCCCCACGUGAUUUCUUCAUCUUGGCGUCUUUUUGCCCGUCUUACACGUACCUGACUCGUCACCCACCGCCGCCAGUGCCAGCUGACUGUGGAGUGUGUUGAUGAUCUGCUGGCUGCUUAUUCACCGUUUCUUUCGCAGCGCUCCUUGAAUCUCGCACUUGUUCCCUUGGCCUUGUCCUAUAAUUAUCCGUCAUGUAUUCGCAACAACAAGGACCCCCUCCACAAUAUCCCUACCCCCCGCCAGGAGGCCAAGGAUACAUGGCCGGACCGGGGCGCGUGGAGGAAGGCUACGCAUACCCCUACCCCCCGCCGCCCCCGCCCCCGGGCGUCGUCAUCACGGGGGCACCGUUGGACGGCAACGGGACGGAGUUCCCGCCGCGGCCGUCCAACUUCGGGGCGUCCUUCGAUGAUGCCAACAUCCGGCGCUCCUUCAUCCGCAAAACGUACGCCAUUCUGAUGGUGCAGCUGCUGGUCACGCUGGCCUUCAUCUGCUUAUUCGUUUUCUGUGCGCCGGUGAAGUAUUUCGUGCACCGUAAUCCCUGGUUCUACUAUUUAUCCUACGGCGUCUUUCUGGCCACCUAUCUGACCCUGGUCUGCUGCACCGGCCUGACGCGUCGCUACCCCGUCAAUCUCGUCCUGCUCAGCAUCUUCACGCUGGCCAUGUCGUACAUGACGGCGACCAUCUCCAGCUACUACGACACCCAGAUCGUCCUCAUGGCCAUCGGCAUCUGCGCCGUCUGCUGUCUGACCAUCUCCGUGGGAUCCGCCUUCUGCAAGUUCGAUAUGACGCGCUACGGAUGGGUGCUGGGCAUCGCCGCCAUCAUCCUCAUGCUCUUCGGCCUGGUCACCCUCAUGUUCGCCUUCGUUCCCUCCCUCCACACUCCGUGGUACCACGGAUUCUAUUCCGGUCUCAUCGCGCUGGUCUUCAUGGGCUUUCUGGCGUACGACACGCAGAUGAUCAUCGGGGGCCGGCGGUACGCGUUGAGCCCGGAGGAGCACGUGGCCGGCGCGAUGCAGCUGUACCUGGACGUGGUCUACAUUUUCCUCGGGAUCCUCGGCAUCUCCGGCGCCGCCAGCAGCAACUAGGCCCGCUUUCAUGAUUGCUGGUUCGUUCGUGUUUGUUUUUUUUGUGGGAAAUGUACGAAUUUUUCUAUUGAAUCUCGCGUUGAUUUUGGGCAGCUGUGUACAUUCUUAUUUCACCCGUCUUUCGUUGGUCCUAUCAUUCACCGUGCAGCUUUUAUUCUUUUACAGCGAUUUACGCUUUUUAUCGUGCUAUGUUGAUGUUUCUUCACGAUUAACGGAUGGAUUUACUGUGUAUUUGUAUCACAAGUUUUUUUUUUAAUGGAACUUGAGCUGGUGAGCAAAAUCAUCACAAUGCCAGUACAGUUAAGUUGCGUAUUAUAAAAAGACUUCGUAAUUUUUUUUUG